AGUAUGGAACUGAUGGAGAUGAACUGACCUGAGUGGUUAUAGGUUACAUAAGAGUGUUUAGCAUGUAAUACAUAUUCGUUCACGCGAGCCUGUUUUGGCUUUUCAAUGUUUAAUAUUGGUUGAAAGUUGAAAUCCGUUAUAGCCACUGGAAGGAAAUCAGUAUUUUUCAGUAAGCCAGAGAGCACUGACAUCACAGAGAUCUGUAGUACACUGAAGGACAUCAUGGAGUACUCUAACAAUGUAACCGAGCCAGGUGCAGAGCCUGCACCUACGCUUGGCCCUCAGGCUUGGAAGAAGCAGUGUAGACGUCUGCUCGAUGACAUAGUCGAGUCUGAGGAUUCUAAGCCUUUCCGUCAGCCUGUGAAGCAGGACUCAGUCUCUUACAAUGCAGAGGCUUUUGACCCACCAAUGGAUUUUGGGACUGUACGGCGUACUCUAGAGCAGGAUGGAUACGAGAAUCCUAUCGAGCUUUGCAAAGAUGUUCAGCUAAUCUUUGUCUAUGCAAAAGCCUACUCGCCAAACAAACGCACAAAGAUGAACAGAACAAGUGUGCGUCUGUCUGCGUUUUUUGAGGAACGCAUCAGAGAGAUCGUAUCUGAUUACAAGGCGGCAUUGAAAAGCAGUGAGACGCUGCAUGACAGCCAGGCCUUCCACAAGAGACAGCAAUGCCAGGAGCCUCCGACACCCAACCACGGAUCCAUUAAGUGGGCUCUGCUGCCUGAGGAGAGAGUGCAGUCUAGCAGACAAACCAAACCGGAGUGUAUUGGCAUAGAUCUCUAUAACGCACUGGAGAAUAUUGUAGAGAAAAUAGAUACCUUCCUCGAACAGAAAGCGACGAGUAAUGACUUGAAUGCUGAAGUGCCUGGAACAUCCUGUGGACCUGGUUUGCGUCAGCUGGGAGUAGAGCCUGAACCUAUACCUGCCCCUGAGGCUUGGAAGAAGCAGUGUAGACGUCUGCUGGAAGACAUAUUAGAGUCUGAGGACUCCAUGCAUUUCCGUCAGACUGCGAACCAGGACUCAGACACUGACGAUGACAUCUUUGACCCACCAGGGGAUUUCGUGACUGUACGGCGCACGCUAGAGCAGGAUGAAUACAAGAAUCCUAUUGAGCUUUAUAAAGAUGUUCAGCUGAUUUUUGGCUAUGCAAAAGCCUACUGCCCGAACAAACGUUCAAAGAUGUACAAAACGACUAUGCGUCUGUCUGAGCACUUCGAGGAGCACAUCUGGAACAUCAUAUCCGAUUACAGGACGGCAGUGAAAAGCACCACCAGCAACCAGAAAAGGCCUGCUCUGAAAGCUCCGGAAAAAGUGGUGGUGAAAUCUUCAACCAAAUCUACCUCAGCCAAAGUGACUGCAGCGGAGAGGAACUGCACGAGAACGCGCCGGCGACACGGACAACGCAGGUCCCCCACCCCCAUGUCCUCAUCCGAUGAUGAGGAGCAGGUGUCUUUGAUAUUAGAGAGCGAGACUGAAGUGAGCCUGAGCGACUGGGAUGACCUUUCACCUUUGUGUCAACAACAUGUUCGGAGAGACAAAUGGCGGUCCAGCCAGCCUACUCGGCUCAAAGUUGGCAAUUGCUUGAGAAAGGAGAGCAAGAGUGAAGUGAGUCAGAGCGACUGGGAUGAUAUUUCACCUUUGUGUCAACAAAAUGUCUGGAGAGACAGGCCACGGUCCUGCGGACCCACUCGGAUCCAAAUGGGUAACCACUUGCAAAGGGUUAAAAGUGAACAUGAAGAGAUGGCAUCUGGAGGAGAGAGGAGUGAGGGCAGGAUGGAGAGCGGUGUCUCCUCAUCACGUUGGAACGGAGAGAGAAAAGGAGGGAGCCACCAACCAAUAAAGAAGUGUGUCUCUAAGGGACGAAACGAGUCUACUAGAUGCACUUCACGGAGACACAACAAGUGCAAAGAGGCUGCCAGGGAAGGGAAACACUUGUUCUGCCGAAAACUACAACGGAGGCCAUCCCCUAAGAAGAAGUAUGCGCUCGAUGACUCUGAAGGAGACCUGGAAGGUUGUCACUCGAAAAGUGGGAAAGGCUUGAUCGGUGACCAAAGGCAUGGAGCCAAACAGAAACGCGCCAUAGCUUCCGAAUCAGACCAAAGACGCUGUGGCAAGAAACAAAAAGCACGGGAGCUUUCCGAGACUGGGAGUGAUCGCGAAGAAUUCCAUGCACGGAAAACAAAAAAGGUGGCACCAUCGAGAGGUUCCCUCAGGGAGCACAUAGGGAGGUUUCUCUUUGAGGGAGAGAAGAAGACCAAGACUCGACUUGGCCAGAGGGGAAGCUACAGGUCACAGAAAUAUAUUUGCUCUAGCUCUGAGGGUGACGAUGAGGAAGAGGAGGUAAGGAGCAAGACUCGCCUGAAGGCAAACCACAUGUCGCAGAAACUCAGUCAGAAAUGUGGUUCCUCCAGCCCUACGGAGGAGGAGGAGGAGGAGGAGGAAGAAGAGGAGGUGGAGGAAGAAGAGGAGGUGGGGAGCAAGUCUCGACUUGGUCUGACAUUGCAGGGAUCGGAGAAAGAGGAGGAGGAAAAGUAAGGCUCCAAGCUGAGAUAAAGAGAUAAAAGAGAAGAUGUCAGCUAGAGAGUAAGGUGGUGCACGUGGGAGGUCCAUACGAUGAUGAUGUCUUGCAUGGGAAAUUCUGAACGGUCACUAAAAUCUGAAUCAGGAACUAUUGAUUGAGAAAUCAGUAAUUGUUUGAAAAUGAAACGAUUUCUCAUUGGCAAGAAGUUCUAAUGUUCUGCGUUUUUGUAGCUUCAGUAUUAAGGUCCUUGACAGAUUUUGAAGAAUGCACCUGUUACUUGCAGUUACUCAGUGGUUUGUUUGUGUGUGUUCCUGCGAAUGCAUGUGUGUCCUUGUACAAGAGGGGUUUUCUGUGAGGACGUUUUUUGAUCACUGUUAUCUUAUAGCCAGCACUUUUACCAACAGA